AUGACACAAACGAAGACGAUUGCCGUUGUUAAUGCUGCCGGCCGUCAAGCAGCAUCGCUUAUCCGCGUUGCUUCCGCCGUCGGUUACCACGUGCGAGCGCAGAUACAUUCCCUCGAAGGAGUCAUACCGCAGGAACUUAAGAAUCUGCCCAAUGUGACGCUCUUGAAGGGCCCCCUCCUGAACAAUGACGCCCUCAUGAACUCGCUGUUCGAAGGCGCGCAGCUCGCCUUCAUCAACACCACUUCGCAAGCCGGCGACGAGGUGGCAAUCGGACGAGCGCUCGCCGAUGCCGCUAAACGAGCGGGCACGGUUCAGCACUACAUCUACAGCAGUAUGCCCGACCAUUCCAUCUACAAUCCGCAUUGGCCCAGUCUACCGCUCUGGAGCUGCAAGUUCGCCGUGGAGAACUAUGUGCGCCAGCUCGGUCUCCCUGCUACCUUUGUGUACGCCGGUAUCUACAACAACAACUUCACCAGCCUUCCGUAUCCGCUUUUCUGCAUGGAGUUGAUGGCCGACGGUGGGUUUGAAUGGCGCGCUCCCUUCCAUCCCGACAUCCCGCUUCCCUGGCUGGACGCCGAACACGACGUGGGGCCUACAAUUCUGCAAAUAUUCAAAGAUGGGCCGAAGAAGUGGAACGGUCACCGGAUUGCCAUGUCGUUCGAGACGUUAACGCCAAGACAAGUAUGCGACGCAUUCUCCCGAGCUCUCGACCGCCGUUGCACAUACGUCCACGUCCCCAAAAUCGAGAUCAGGGUCUCCGUGCCCACCGGAUACCGUGAGCAGCUCGAAGGCAUCGAGGUACUGUUCGGGCAGAUGUGCGCUCCUUUCUUCCCGAACCCGGAGUUCAACCAUCCCACCACCGGUCCACGCGCCGGUAAGACGAUUAUUCCGGAGCCCGAUCAAGAUGGCGUGGUGGCACUGCCGCUUGUCGAUGAAGCCAGGACUCUAUGGGAAGGGUGGAGGAGCAUGGAGGAAUACGCGCGUGAGGCAUUCCCCGUGGAAGAGGAAGCUAACGGAUUGGAUUGGAUGUUUUGAGGCCGACGAAUAACUAAAAUACGCAUACGAUACGCCGCUUUUUACGGAGUACAUCCGUUCUUUUGACGGUUAAAAUAUGUUAACCUGGUCAGGCGGGCGUUCUUUCUCUAUUGACCGCUCGUUGGCGGCAGCAGUGAUGGCUGCGUGACCACUGGGAUGGGCGUAGGCCCCGUUUCAAGUGUACUAUUUAAAAGCAGGUAAUAUGGCAUGACCAUAUCUAUGAUUUCCCUUGAAUUUCAGGGGC